AUGCCCAAAGCACCCCCACGCCGAACUCAAUCUGGUGCUGGAGCAGGCACGGGUAGGGACGACCGAAACUACUCCUGCCUUGCUCCUGGAGGAGUCUGCGUUGUUUGCGGGGCUCGGACGUCCGCUGCGUGGCGAACGGGCAUUGUGAACAACGUCAAGACAGCCAGGGCGGCCUGCAAUAAGUGUGGGCGCGCGCAGGCAUAUCUGGACGCCAUCGCUGCCCUCCCGGGCAAACCCGUCGUCCCCUCAACCACCCUCCCCGCACCCGCCCCAGCCACCACGCACCUCACCCGCCAGCCCCCCGUCUCCGCCCACCAUCCCCCCGUUUCCACCAUCCCAAACCCCUCCUCCACCAUCCCAACCCCCGUCUCCACCGCCCAGCCCCCCGUCUCUGCCGCCGCUCCCACUGUCUCCGCCCCCCAGCCUCCCGUCGCCGCUGCCGCUCCCGUCGCCCCUAUCCCCACCAUCCCCAUUGCAAUCUCCGCCCUUCUCAACCCUGCCCCCAUCCCCACCCGCCCCACCUGCGCUGCCGCCAUAGCAGGGGUCGCAGCCGCAGCAGCAGCAGCAGCAGCGCCCACCCCGACGACCGGUGACAAGGAGGAGGGGUAUGACGAGAUGGCGCAGGAGGAGCUGGCCGCGCUUGAAGAGGAGGAGGGGCCCUGGAGGGCGUUGGGAAAGCUAGUGAGGGAGACGUGCGGUUCAACAACACGCCAGGCGAUGAAGGCCCACACCAUGCCCCUCUUCGACGCACACCGAGCGCGCCUGGCCGCUGCAAAGCAGAAGGCCGAGGAAGUGCGGGCUUUUACCCCCGCCUCCGACGACGCCGAUGAUGAUGACGAGGAGUAUACGUCGGUCGAGAGCAGCCUCCCACACUCGGAGUCCGUGUCGUCAUACGGAUCUACAUCUGGUGGCGACGAGACAGCGGGCUCCGAGUUGUGGGAGGAGGAGGAUUAUGCAUUUGCGUGAGGGUGAGUUCAUCAUUGUCUCCGAGACAACUGUCUCCGCCAUCUCCACUG